UGCUUCUCGAACACACAAUCUCAGUCUUAUGUUUAAGAUUUUCAGUCCUGAUACCGUUAACGUGACAGCAAAAUAUGGUAUGAACUGGGCUGAAAUGUGUCGUCGAAGAUGAUCAUUUGGUUCGCAGGACAUGCCUGAAAAUGACACAACAAAGCAUAAAAAUAAAACUAUGGGACGAAGGAAAAGUAAACGAAAGCCUCCACCAAAGAGGAAGGCAAUUGAGCCUUUAGAUCUUCAGUUCAACUGUCCAUUUUGUAACCAUGAGAAGUCAUGCGAAGUAAAAAUGGAUAAAGGACGCAACACAGCCAAAAUAACAUGUCGAGUCUGUCUUGAGGAUUACCAGGCAACUAUAAACUUCUUAUCAGAGCCAGUUGAUGUUUAUAAUGAUUGGAUUGAUGCCUGUGAAUGUGCAAAUUGAUUUUUGUUCUGUUUGUUGAAGUACUGUCCUUAAUACUUUGCUUGUAAGUACAUUUGUGAAUGGUGUGAAUUCUGUAGAUUUGAACUUUUGAGAGAAAUGCAUACAUUGAUUAUGUUAAUCUAGAUUUAUGGACAUUGUCCAUCAUCUGAUGUUAUAAAAUACACAACAUUUUGAGGACUGGAUCUGUCCUCAUCUCAGUCACUGGACACUGGUCCAAUGAUUGAUAUUAGCUCAUUCUAAUAGACCCCACACAGUAGGCAUCCACUUCGUUAAACCUGAAGAUGAUGACAGAUCCAGUUUUAUAGCAUCAGACAAUGGACAAGCUCCAAAAAUGUAACAAUCCAGAUUGUAUUACACCAUCGUUAGAACCUCUUGGAAUCAAUUAUGUCGUCUCUUUUGUGUGUAAUACAUUACUUUCAGUAUUUGCAGUCAGUUAUAUGUGAGUUAAUUAAUUGGACCCAGCUUGACACAUCAUGUAAGAAACCUAAAAAUUUGGAAAUAUUUCACCUUAAGUAUUAUUUUUGGAAAAGGAAAAUACAGCCAUUCUGCAUAAAAAAUGUAUAAAAUAGUUCAAUUUUAACCACUAGACAACUGAAUUCGGAAUUACACAAGUCUUGGUGCUUAUUAUAAUGUUCUCAUAUAUGUAUAUAGUUAUAUUGGUUUAGAAUGGAAAACCCUUAAAAUAUACUUCAACCAAUCUGUGGACUAAAUAAAAUUAUUGCAUUUAAUUUGUUGUAUGUUCCAUUGGCCCUUUAAAUUCAAUUUGUGCACCUUUCUUGCAUUUUUAGUGCCAUUUGUCAUGCAAAAGAAAAUUAAACAAUUCAUGUUGUCACAACACUGAAAGAAACCAAUUUUCUCAUAAUUUAAUCACCAGUCCUUUGCCAGAACAAAGCAAAAGUUAUCCUGUGCUGUGAGUUGGUUGUAUGUGUUCUAAAUGGUUUUAUACAGCAAGCCAGUGUUCCAUUUUUAAUGGAGUAACUCCUUACAAACUGUGAACAAAUUAACAUCCAUUCUGUCAUUACUUCACAAUCUGUUCAUAGUCUUCAUAAAGUUGUAAAUUAGUGCUAAUUAUUAUACACAUUCUCAAAAUACAGAAAAUGGUAAAACUGAA